CCCUUCAGGGUUUUGCACGAUGACGCAAACUCCACUGCAAAGCUUACUUUUAACGUAUAAGCCCAGUUAUCGGGUCAUAUUAGUUCGACUUUGGCGACAUCUAGCGAAGUAAUUUCCAUCACGAUUUUUAGUAAUAACUCGAGCCUGUGGCUCCACCAUACAAAAACUUUUAUGUAAAAAUUUGUUCUUGGAUCUUCUGAGGUCUCUUAGCAGUACGAAAAUUAGACUAAAAGGAGACACUUAAUACAGGAUAGUAACAACAUGAAAUUGUUGACCUGGGGAAAUAAAUAACUUCAAAAAGAAAACAUCCCUCAUAUUAAAUUGUAAAAUCGCCCGUUCUUCCAUUUUUGGGAGGUCUCAAAGAAUUUUUUUUAUAGAAAUACCGGGUAGAAUUGAAUUUUUGGGAUCCAUCUUUAUUAGUACAAGCAGAAAUACAAUAUUCUCGAAGUUUUUAUUAAAUUAAUCUGCCUUCUUUGCUAUCCCCAAAAGAUUUGUGGCUUCCAUUCAAAAGGAGUUCAGGAAGUCUUUGUGGAGAGGUGUAACAAUUUCCAACCUUCAGUUUCGCAAAGCUACACCCACAUCGCAGUAUACGCCAUUAUAGCUUUUGCGUAAAACGGGAGACGUCUUGGAAAGAUCCAGAGAAGAACUUAAAAGGAGUUCAGGAAGUUUUUGUGGGGAGGGCUACUAAUUUUUAGCUUUUAGUUCCGCAAAGUUACACCCACAUGAUGGUACUGCAUGUCAUUAUAGUAAAUAGAGAGACGUCUUAGAAGGAUGUGGAGAUGAACUCGCUUCUAAAUCUGCGAUUUUUCCAAGACAGAGAACUAAAAACUCUCCAUAUUCCCACUAACCUCAUCACUUUCGCUUUUCAAUGCUUGACUGACACUUACAAUUUUGAGCCUGAACUCAAACUCGCUUACAUUUCUGGAUCAUUUUCAAUGAGACGCAGCUUCUCGCUUGAACUUAAUUAAUUAAACAAUGUGUAAAGACGGCAAACAAUGCCCGGCGAAGGCGACACAACUGGAUAAACAAACACAAAAACAAAAGCAAAAGUAAUCACUGUCAUAAAGUAAAAAUAUCAAUAAGAGCCGUGUGCUGGAAUCAAAACUAGAGCAAGAAGACAGAAAUUAAACAGACCUGCGAAUAAAUCUUCUGAAUGAGUAGUUUGUAGUGAAAUAACGGUAUGCGUGCGUGUGUAUGUAUGUUUAAACGAGUGUGUGUUUGGAUGUGUGCAGACGGCAAGUGUUUGUAUGCAAGUCGGUCCGCUUGUCUGACUUAUUGUCUUGCAAAGACUACACGCUCCGCCCACAAAUGGUCCAUAAUUAAUUUUAUAUAAAAGCAACAACAAUGGCUUUUGAAGUGUUCAGUCGCGAAAAUAACGCCGCAAAGCGAAGUGUAUCGCGAGUUUGAAGUGUUUGGAUAGUUUUUUGAGACCAUUUCGUAGGUGUGAGGUGGUGCAAAAUCGCAAAAGCUUUAAAACAAUACUUAAAAAAAUACAACAAAUAGCGAAAGUAAUUGAAAGAGAAUUCGAAAAAGUUAUAAAUAUAUAGUGAUAGUAUCAAAUAAUUACCGAUAAAACGUUUUGCUGAAAAUAAUUUGCUCAUUAAAAGUCAUGCAAGCCACUUUGCUGUGCUUUUUGUUGUUGGGUGUUUUGGCCUGCCAUAGCGUUUCGGGGGAUUUACGCUACCGCGGCAAUGCAGUACAUCCAGAUUACCCUGGUCAAUGCUACUACGAGGAACUGCGUCAACCGAUACCCACGAAUCAGUCUUACAAGCCGAUAAACCGUGAUGGUCGUUGCGAAUCGAUUUUCUGUCGCAAAGACUUUGUGCUCGAAAUUCGAUACUGUGGCCGUCACAACCUGCAGCCGAACGCGACAUGCAGCAUCGAAUCGGAUAUGCGGCGCGCAUAUCCAGCUUGUUGUCCGCGCUUAGUGUGUCAAACCGACAGCAAUUUCAUUUAAUUUUUUAAUUGCGACUUAAUUGCUGAAACUUAAUUCUUUCAAUUAUCAAUUGACUUUGUUGUUAUUCUUGUUUUAAGUAGAUUGUCACGUUUACAAAUAUACA